AUGAGUAAUUUGAAGUUGGAUUUAGUGUUUUUGUUCGCAAGUCCAGUCAUAUCGAACCCCUUGGAAUCCCUGCAUCUUAAGCUGUUGGAGGCCCUGCUGAAGCAUUUUUUUAGCCAUAAAACAGUAUUGAAUUAUGAAAUAGAGUUCCUGAGGCUGAGAUUCCUCAGCAAAUCGCAACUUAAAACAGUGUUUGAAACUCUGCAGAACGUAUGUAAGCUGUUAAACGUAUCGAUGUCAGAUUUAAAGAUAAAAUUUGAGGAUAAUGACCUAUUGGAGCCUCAGAAAAGUGCCAAUCCAAAGCCCAGAGUGACACCGAAUUAUCGCACGGACCCAAAAUCGGAGUUUGAGAGGGAAAUGUGUAACAUAUUCAUCCCACUGCUUAAAUACAAAAGGCUGUUUGACCUAUACGGCAUUGAAGGGUACACAAACGUGUUGCUGUACGGAAGCAACGCAGGGAACAAAUUCGUCGACUGGUACCGGUCGAUGCAAAGCAAGGUGAACCGAGACGAUCAGGGGAACGAAGCGUCAAAAACACUGCAGCUGUGCCUGAUCAGGUUCUCGGAGAUUCUGAUGCCGUACUUCGGGGAAAGCGAGCAGAAGCUAAGGUUCCUGUUCGAGCUCUCAGUGGAGAAGGCGACCGAAGGGGUGCUGUGCAUCUGCCUGGAGGGACUGCACAACUUCUCGAACUCGAAGGAUACCUCCGACGACCUGGAGAGAAGAAUACUCUCAACGCUGCUGAUCCUGCUGGACGGAAUUAACCGCAAGAAGCCAGCGACUGGAGUGUCGGUAGUGGUCGUGGCGACCACGGAGCAGGACCCGGCACUGCUGGACGAGUCGCUGUUACGUCCAGGAAGACUGGAGAGAAUUCUUGAAAUUGUAAAUUAG